AUGAACAGAAUUUGCCUGAAUGUGCUGGUGGGUGUUCCUGCAUCGGGCAAAACGACCUAUUGUAGUCUUAUUGAAAAGACAAGGACUCAUACGUUCAACAUAGUGCAUGUGUGUUAUGAUAGUUUUAUUAAAAUAGAUACUCAAUACGACCAAUUUUGCAAUGAAACAGGAUCGUACAAGUUGCGACGUUCGAAGUUACUGUCCUCGAUGGAGAAAAUUUUCGUUGCUGUUAAAGAAAACGAUCGUGAAAGGUUGGAAAGCUCACUAACUUAUGUAGAAAAUGAAUUCGGUGUUGUUUUAAAACUUUCUCUUUCAACAGAUUAUAAGGACUAUCUUUUUGUCAUCGAUGAUAAUAUGUACUAUAGAAGUAUGCGCCUAGAAUGGCUAAAAGUGGCAAAGAAACUUUCUUUAGGGUUUUUCCAAACGUUCUUUGACAUUCCGCUUGCACUCGCAUUGACGAGAAAUCAAGCCAGAAUAUCACCCAAUCCCAUACCAAAAGAAGUAAUAUUGUCUAUGUGGACUCGUCUUGAAAAACCUUGCGGGGAUCUUCAUCAUUGGGAACAGCAAUGCAUCUGCUUUACAGAAACUUAUGACAUAAAUGCGGCAUUAGAAUUGGCCAAGUAUUGUAUAAACACCCCAGUACACGGUGUCAUAAAAAUUACACAAUCCGUUCCCAUGGAGCAAUCAAGAGUCCAUCAAAUUGAUCUGCUCUUACGCAAAACAAUUUCGAAGCGAAUGGCUUGGGCAAAGGAAUCUAUGCCUAGCAAGGAUCUUGAAGUGUUUGCCAAGCACCUGCAAAAGCAUAAGGCGAAUUUGUUAGAUCAGUUGAGAAAAGGUGAAUGUUGUUGCCAAGAUGUUAUUGAAAAAAAUAUUGAAUUAUUAAAAUUAUAGCUGAUACACUGUUUUAAAAUAAAUUCGUAAUUCAUAAACGA